GGCGCCCAUGUCUGCGUCCACCUUGCCAGUGCUUUCCAGCAGCCCAUUCUCAAGCUAAAUUGUUAGGAUCCCUCGUGCAUACGCCGCGAUGGUGAAACUCACGCCGGAACUCAUCCAGUCCGUGCCCUCCUCGCUGAACCCGCUCAAAGAGCGGCAGCUGGAUCUCAGAGGCUACAAAAUCCCUGCGAUCGAAAACUUGGGUAUCACCAGGGAUCAACACGAUGCGAUCGACUUUACAGACAACUCCAUCCUCGUCCUGGGCAACAUUCCGCUCCUGCGGCGACUGCGCACGCUACUGCUCGCGAACAACCGCAUCGCGUCCGUCUCGCCCGCGCUCCACCUCUCCGUGCCGAACCUCACCACGCUUGUGCUGACGAACAACAACAUCACUGAGCUGGGCGACCUCGAGCCGCUCAAGGACCUCAAAAACCUUCUCUACCUCUCCCUCCUCGGCAACCCCGUCCGCGAAAAGAAAUACUACCGCGAGUGGCUCGCAUGGCGAAUACCCGAGCUGAGGGUGCUCGACUUUCAGCGGAUUCGGGACAAGGAGCGACAAACAGCAAAAACGCUCUUCCUCACUGCCGAUAAGUUGCCCACGCAGCUCGCAACAACGCUGUCAACAACCGUGUCGACGCAUACUUCCAAGGCGCCAGUAGCAACCGACGAGCCUAAACCGGCCAUCGUGCACGGCAAGGCAGGACGACUCAUGUCAAAGGAGGAGGCGGAGAAGGUGAAAGAGGCAAUCGCACGCGCGACGUCCAUAGAGGAGAUCCGGCGGCUAGAACGUAGUCUGCGCGAGGGCUUUAUGCCAGAGAUGCAGAGCGUCGGCGCGUGAACUUUGUACGAGGCCGGUGUGAAUCUUGCUGUAAUCUUACUAUACGUUGUCAUGGUAUAUACCUUACGCAUUUUCACGGAC